AUGGUCACAGGGGAGGAUUUUCAGAGGGACGCGGGGUGGUCCUGGGUCGUUUUGCUCGCAUCAAUGACAACAUGCUACCUUGAAAUGGGUACCUUCCGAUGUUUUGGCAUUUACAUGAAUGCGUACCUAGACGAAUUUAACACCUCUGUUACAGUUGUUUCGUUGAUCUCAGGGGUGUUUCCAAUUACGUUUUGCAUAGCAGUUUUACCAGUGACGGUAUUUGGCACUGAACGGUUUGGCUGUCGUGCAUUGGUAGUCUACGGCGGUUUUGCUCUUUUUGUCGGAUAUAUUUUGAGCAGUAUAGCUCCAAAUAUUGAAGUUGUUAUGCUGGCGCAAGGAGUCAUUGCAGCAAGCGGAGCAGCCUGCACAAACCCACCAAGUUUAAUAAUUUUAGGAAGGUAUUUUGAUAAAAGAAGAGGGUUUGCGAAUGGCUUAGCUUUAGCAGCCGGUAGCUUAGGAGGUAUGCUAACGCCUAUUGUGUUCACGAAGUUAAUGGAGGAAUAUUCCGUCAGGGGCGCUCUUCUCAUUCAGGCAGCUUUACUGUUUAAUAUCGUGGUUGCUGCAUCCUUGUUCCGACCAACAGAACUCACCGCAAAGCUGUACCAGUAUGAACAGCAGAAAAAGAAACGAAAAGAGCAACGCGAAUUACUGAAACCACACGGCAUUGCUGAUAAGGCUUCAAAUGGAAGUCUUCUAAUGAAAGAAGUCCAAAAUGGCUCAGGCUACAUUGGCAUGAAAGAUAAUGGACCUUUGGUUCCCAAACAGAUACAUUCAGUUGAACAUAAUUCGACAAGAGAAGUUUCCAAUUCACGUUCAUCUUUUCUGAAAAGACGAAUGGAACAUCAUCAUAGUACCUCUACUGUUUCUCAGUUUAGCAGUAUUCAUAGUAUCAUGUCGUCAUCUUUAGCAGACCUCCAAUUAGCAUCAAAAACGAAAGACUCAGGCAACAAAUCAGUUGUUAAAUGCUCGUUUUUGAAUACUUUUUUGAAAAUAAUGGACAUUAGGAUGUUAAAGAAUAAGCUUGUAGCUUUGUUUACCAUAGUCUUUUGCACAGGUUCAAUAGGGGCAUGUCUUGGUGUCAUAUUUGUAGCUCCAUUAGCUCGGGAUCAGAAUCUCACAAAAGACGAAAUAGCAAUAACCACGGCUUUAGUCAGUGGUUCUGAAUUUGUUUUUCGAAUAUUACUCGGAAUAUUUGCGGACAUGAAUGUUAUAGAGAGAUACCGUAUUGUUCAAAUAUCUCUCUUCGGGACUGGUGCUGUUUUACUAUCUUCUGUUAUGAUUGCAUCUUUCUGGCAGUUUACGGUCUUUAGUAUACUGUACGGGUUGUUUAGCGGGCCUCUGCUUUCUAUGUAUGCACCAGUCUGUGUAGAUUUUGUGGGAUUAGAGAAGUUUCACCGAGUGGUAGGAAUUCUACUGUUCUUUCAGGGAAUGUUCCUCGGUGGAUUUGGACCCACUAUAGGUGUAAUGAGAGAUUCGUUUGGUUCCUAUAUCCCUGCGUUCCAAAUGAUGUCAUCUGUUACAAUUUUGGCGGGAUGUCUUUUAUUCUUUGUUCCAUGUUUACGAAAACUAGAAUCCGCCCCAGAUAUUGUGAUUGAAAGCGAAUAAUCAAAGCUUGAAAAUUACCUCA